UGAAGAAAUAAAGAUUGAAGAAACAUGCAGAGUGAAACAUGAAGAUACUGAGGAACAAACAGGAGGAGAGUGAAGAACUGAGUGAAGUGGAGGAGGAACAUCAUGACAAACCUGAAGAAAAACAUUUGAGUCGGUCAAAGACUAAAAAUACAUUUCUAAAGAAAAUAAGAGCCUAUAAAUCUACAACCUGCACUCAGUGUGGAAAGAGCUUCUCAACCAAACAAAGUCUUGAAGUUCACAUGAGAAUUCACACCGGAGUGAAGCCGUUCACAUGUGAUCAGUGUGAAAAGAGCUUCUCAACCAAACAAAGUCUUGAAGUUCACAUGAGAAUUCACACCGGAGUGAAGCCGUUCACAUGUGAUCAGUGUGGAAAGAGUUUCUCAACCAAACAAUAUCUUGAGGUUCACAAGAGAGUUCAUACAGGAGAGAAGCCAUUCACAUGUGAUCAGUGUGGAAAGAGUUUCUCAAUCAAACAAAGUCUUGAACAUCACCUGAGAAUUCACACCGGAGAGAAGCCGUUCACAUGUGAUCAGUGUGUAAAGAGUUUCUCAACCAAACAAUAUCUUGAGGUUCACAAGAGAGUUCAUACAGGAGAGAAGCCAUUCACAUGUGAUCAGUGUGAAAAGAGUUUCUCAAUCAAACAAAGUCUUGAACAUCACAUGAGGAUCCACACCGGAGAGAAGCCGUUCACAUGUGAUCAGUGUAAAAAGAGUUUCUCAAUCAAACAAAGUCUUGAACAUCACAUGAGAAUUCACACCGGAGAGAAGCCGUUCACAUGUGAUCAGUGUGGAAAGAGAUUCAGUCGAUCAUCAAGCCUUAAAGAACACAUGAUGAUCCACACUGGAGAGAAGCCGUUCACAUGUGAUCAGUGUGGAAAAAGUUUAUCAACCAAACAAAGUCUUGAGCUUCACAUGAGAAUUCACACUGGAGAGAAGCCGUUCACAUGUGAUCAAUGUGACAAAACAUUUCUAGGGUCAUCAGCCCUGAAGAGACACCUGAGAGUUCAUACAAAGAAGAAGCCACAUUCCUGCACUCAGUGUGGAAAGAGCUUCUCAACCAAACAAAGUCUUGAAGUUCACAUGAGAAUUCACACCGGAGUGAAGCCGUUCACAUGUGAUCAGUGUGAAAAGAGCUUCUCAACCAAACAAAGUCUUGAAGUUCACAUGAGAAUUCACACCGGAGUGAAGCCGUUCACAUGUGAUCAGUGUGGAAAGAGUUUCUCAACCAAACAAUAUCUUGAGGUUCACAAGAGAGUUCAUACAGGAGAGAAGCCAUUCACAUGUGAUCAGUGUGGAAAGAGUUUCUCAAUCAAACAAAGUCUUGAACAUCACCUGAGAAUUCACACCGGAGAGAAGCCGUUCACAUGUGAUCAGUGUGUAAAGAGUUUCUCAACCAAACAAUAUCUUGAGGUUCACAAGAGAGUUCAUACAGGAGAGAAGCCAUUCACAUGUGAUCAGUGUGAAAAGAGUUUCUCAAUCAAACAAAGUCUUGAACAUCACAUGAGGAUCCACACCGGAGAGAAGCCGUUCACAUGUGAUCAGUGUAAAAAGAGUUUCUCAAUCAAACAAAGUCUUGAACAUCACAUGAGAAUUCACACCGGAGAGAAGCCGUUCACAUGUGAUCAGUGUGGAAAGAGAUUCAGUCGAUCAUCAAGCCUUAAAGAACACAUGAUGAUCCACACUGGAGAGAAGCCGUUCACAUGUGAUCAGUGUGGAAAAAGUUUAUCAACCAAACAAAGUCUUGAGCUUCACAUGAGAAUUCACACUGGAGAGAAGCCGUUCACAUGUGAUCAAUGUGACAAAACAUUUCUAGGGUCAUCAGCCCUGAAGAGACACCUGAGAGUUCAUACAAAGAAGAAGCCACAUUCAUGUUCUGUGAGUGGAAAGAGUUUUUCACAGCUGUGUAGUUUACGAAAACAUCAGAAAACACACACUAGUGUGAGAGAGUACAUGUGCUUUGAGUGUCAGAAGACUUUUACUACAUGGAGCGAUUUAAAAAAGCACCAGAGAAUUCACACUGGAGAAAAACCUUACAAGUGUUCACAGUGUGACAACAGAUUCAGUGUGUCAUCAAAUCUGAAAACACAUGAGAGGAUCCACACUGGAGAAAAACCUUACAAGUGUUCAUACUGUGACAAGAGAUUCAGACGGUCAGGACAUCUGAAAACACAUGAGAGGAUCCACAGCAGAGAGAAGCCGCACACGUGUGAUCAGUGUGGAAAGAGUUUCUCUUUUAAAAGUCACCUGAAGAUACACAUGAAGAUCCAUGCAGUGGAGAAACCACAUCACCACAGUCUGAAAUGAAGUAGUUCAUUUUUAUGUGCUGAACAAAAAAAAUCUCUUCUGUGUAAGUUAGCCACAGCCAAAUCUCUCCUCUCCAGCUAUAGUUGGUGCAAGGGGAAACAAGUUUUAUUUAUCUAUUUAUUUUUGUUUUGCAGUUACAAAAUCUCUUUUUGUACCUGUAUCAGCAAAUUAUUCACAAUUUUAAGCAAACAAGUUUAACCCUUUAACGACCCAGUGGUCCGCUGGCGGGACGAUAGAGUGUUAUAAUGUUAAACAAGUUUUUUUAAAUGAGGAGAAUGCCAUCUAACUAAUAAUUUAUUAUGCUCGGUGUGUGUCAGUGAAAUGAAUUGCAAUAUUAAUUCAAUAAUAAAAUAAUAAAAUUCAAUAAUAAAAUUAGCCCUGUAUGCCCAUCUGCUAUACGCCACUGUGAAGGGAUAAACCGUGUUCAGGCACGGCAUCAAAGCCAUUACCUGUUUAAUCCAAAUCCACAUGCGUGGACUGUUCAAUAUUCAGUACUGCAAUGUCCAAGUCUCUCCAGUCACAUGAUGUUUCUCAUGUGUUUUCAGUCGGUGCAACAAAGAAACAUUUACUAGACUGUGGACUAGCUUUACUCUCUGAACAGUGGCAGCCUGAAUUUUUGUGAUCACUGAAGUCCCGGGUAUACUUCGGCCGUCCGCAUUUGUGAAUUGAACUCGUGGCCAGCCGCACACCCCAUCCACAGGCAGCCCAAAUUUCGAGACCGGGCAGAUGGUGCACAUGCAACAGCGCAUGUUGGAAGAGCCCACUAGGUGGCAAUACGUACAGUACCGAGCACAAUGUGCAGUCGUCAAAGAAGAGUGAAAACAAGACGAGUAAACUCAGAGGCAUGCUUUCCCCAUCGUUUUUUAAUUCCUGUUCUCUUGGUUCAUCUUCUGAACUAUGUUGCAAUGGUGGAUGCACUAUUUUUCUUCUCCGAUCCUGCCCAGUGAAUGUCCCAUUGAUGACAUACUUUGAAAGAUGCACGGACACGACUGCAUGCAAGACGUGUCCAGGUGCGGAAAGUGAGGCAUACCUGGGGCUUGAUGGCGCGCUGUCUUUCCGCGCUCUCGGGCAAAGAAUUAUCUUUGAAAGGCUUGCACACUCAACUGUGCUCGAGAUGGAGCAGAACGUGGGAAAUUACAUAUACCCGGGCCUUAACCACUCCUGAUUGUAGUGAACUGGAGCUGACGGCUCACUUUGGGAAAAAUACCCCCCAAAUGUCCCCCAUGUUAUUAUGUCUAGUUUAACUGUUGCUGGUUGAUGUGAGAGGCAUUCUGGGAUACCUGGCUGUUAAAUAAUUUCUUAUUUCUUGGGCUUCACUUUUUGACUUUCUCUGUGUCUUGGGAUUUUUCCAUUGUGCAGCUCAUGUACCUACCUAGACAAAACAAGAAGUAGUAGUCCUUGGACACACUGACACUCUCACACACAACCAGAGGUUGAAGACACACACACAUUUACGCACAUACAUUUCUUAUUUGUUAUUAUAUUUCUUGAAAUGCCAUACAUGGUAAGCUUUGAUUCUUAAGUCGUAUGAUUGGAUGCUCAAGUCAUCCUGGAGAUUGUCGUUUGACAUAUGUCUAUAAAUAUGACCCUUCUUCCUGAAUAAAUCUGAGAAUGCUUUGUACCACA